AUGGGUUUCAGCUGCCUCUUGCCGUCGCGCUCGCUGCUUCGCGUCUCCGGUGCAGCGGCGCAUGAGUUCCUCCAGGGACUCUUCACAAACGAUUUGCACUUGCUGCAGCCGGGCGGAAGCAUAUGGGGAUGCUUCCUGUACCACACUGGCCGAGUGAUGUGCGACGCCUACCUGUACCAGCUCGCUCGGGCUCGUGAGGGAGAGGCAAGUAUCCUCGUGGAUGUUCACCGCGACGUGGCAGACGUCCUGUACGACCACCUGCUGGAGAUGCGCAUGCGCAGGCGGGUGCAGAUUCACAACGCUGGAAAUGAGUUGGUGGUCGUGGCCGCCUCGUCGUGGGGGGACGACGGAGUCCACGCAGAGAAGGGGGAAGAGGAGGAGGAGGCCUUGCUCGCGUGUGGGGGCGAAGUCUUCACGGACCCCCGCAGCUUCGCGCUUCCCGCGCCGCUUGAGAAGCGCAUUCUCCCCGCGGCGGCGGCGGCCGCAGCGGCCGAUCCGGCGACGCUGUAUGAGACGCUGCUGUACACCGCCGGCGUUGGGGAGGGGCCGGACGUCUUUAGGCCCGCCAAGUCACUUCCGUUUGAGUGCAACACGGACUUCCUCCGGGGCGUCAGCUUCCACAAGGGGUGCUACCUGGGCCAGGAGCUCACCCACCGCACCCACGUCAUGCUGGUGACCCGCAAACGCACCGUCCCACUGCGACUGCCAGCGUCCCUUCACGGCGGAACGGGUGGUGAGCGGCGGGCGGUGGCGAAGGGUGAGGCGUUGUUGGUGGAUGGGCAAAAGGUGGGUGAGGUGCUUGCCGUCAGCGGGGACGUUGGCCUCGGCCUCUUGCGGCUGCGCUACGUGGACGCCGCGACGAGGACGGCCCCUGGUCUGGCGCUGAAGGGUGCCGUGCCGGUCACCAUCACGAUCCCAAGCUGGUGGGAGGAGAAGGAGGUGAAGAAGCUGCUGGCGCAGGCAUAG